AUGACUGAUGGGUGCAGGGGAGCCAAAAGGGAUUCCACAGGGUACAGGCGUUUGCAUUGGCUCUGUGUUAGCGGCAUUCCUUCUUCUGCUGGAAUUACCUUCUUUUCACAAGUCUGUCUUUACUGCGACAAAGAGGCUCACUUCACACAGAGACAUGCAUCCAGCAACUGCCAAGUGGUACGACAGGAGGGACUCUGUUUUAUAGAGUUCUGUGUAGCAGACAGCAAAGACGUCAAAGUCAAUUUUGAUAAAACAAAGUGUGGAUUCAGCUGUCUUGGAGGAACAGACAAUGUCAAACAUGAGAAUGAAAUAGACCUUUUUGAAGCCAUUGAUGAAAAUGAAUCCAAACAUAAACGCACAGAUCGGUCAGUGUUGUGCUAUUUACGAAAAGCACAGCCAGGGAAGGCGUGGCCGAGGCUAACAAAAGAGAAGGCUAAACUGAGUUGGCUCAGUGUCGACUUCAACAACUGGAAAGACUGGGAAGAUGAUUCAGACGAGGAGAUGGGCAACUUUGAUCAAUUCUCAGACAUGAUGAACAACAUGGGAGGUGAGGACGACCUACCAGAACUAGACGGUGAUGAAGAUGAUGAGUCUGCAGAUAGUGAUGAUGAAAAAAUGCCAGACUUGGAAUAAAUGACUAAGACUCCACAAAGAAAAAUGGAAGAACAGAAGGCAAGAGGAAACAAAAAUGUAUAUCUUGAAAUUGAAGGCAGUGACAAACAACUGUACAUAUGAGUCAGUAGCCAUAUUUAAAUCCAUAGCCUCAGCUCCAAACUCUUGAGAGAUCAGUCCACUGAAGGUUGAUAUGCAUGGUAUUGUACAGAGCAGCUAUCUCCACUUCCAUUUGCUGUACUGCACCUUUUUGGGUAUUCUGUUUUACUGUUAAAUAUUACAAUUAAGCACACAUUAUUUGUUGGAAAAGCUGUAUAGUUGUCCUCAACAGAGCAAUACAUGUUAAAGAGAUUUACAGGUUGCUUUCAAAUGAAUUGUGAUUAUUUUUUUUUAAGAUACUGUAUUAGGCCCACCCAUUCCCAAUGUUGUGGUUUUAAGUUAGUUGAUCAGUGUAGCUUAUCUCAUUGAUUUAUGAAAACACUAGUCGUGAACAUCAGAAUUAGAUUUAUUGGGUUCCUCUAAAAGCCUUCCAUGUGCCGUGAAUUAGAUAUCCAGGAGGCCAGUUUUUGUUUGUCGCUUAACCUUCCAACUUACAUGUUUCCCCUUUACUUCUUUACAUGUUUAAUGUCCGUCUGUGAAAUUGGAAUUAUCUGGAAUUGUUGCAGAAAUACUUGCAUCUUCCCAGUAAUAAUCUGCUUUGGUCAUUUGAAUGAACUCCAUAUAUUUAGUAUCUUGACAGUUUCUCUUUCCAUACUCAUCUAACAUGCACCCUCAUGUUAGACUACAGAACAAGGUGUAAUGUAUUGCAGCUGUUACAAUGAAGCUUGAAGCUUGGUUGGGCCUCAACAAUUUGUGGUGUGUUGCUAUCCUCCAGGUUCGUUCCAUUCAUUGAGUAAAGAUCUUUCCCUCUCGGGGAGUGCUGGUGUGAUAAGGCGAUGUGUAAUGACCAAAUUAUAUUUGCACUGUCAAUAAAAUGUAAGGGGAUACAAGUAAUGUUGAACUACAGUGAAAAUUCUUUUUUUAUUGUCUACAUCUUUCUAAUAAACUGUUUAAGAAUCA